AUGCUCAUGAAAAUGUUGUCCGUGGAAUGCAGUUACAUGCGAGUUGCUGCUGAAAAGGGCCAAUUGGACAUUUUGAAGUGGGCUCAUGCAAAUGGUUGUCCAUGGGAUGCCGAUACAUGCCGGCGUGCUGCUCAGAUUGGACAUUUGGAAAUGCUCAAAUGGUUAAGAGAGAACGGUUGUCCCUGGGAUGAAGCGACCUGUUUUCGUGCUGCUCUAUAUGGACAUUUCGAAAUUGUAAAAUGGGCUCAUGAAGAUGGUUGUCCAUGGGAUGAAGAGACAUGUCAAUCUGCUGCUAUAGGUGGACAUUUGGAAAUUUUGAAGUGGGUUCGCGCAAAUGGUUGUCCAUGGAAUGCACUUGCAUGUCAAUCUGCUGCUGCAGGUGGACAUUUGGAAAUUUUGAAGUGGGCUCGUGAACAUGGUUGUCCAUGGAAUGCAGAUACAUAUCGAUUUGCCCGCAUGUUCAACCGAAGCGAAGUGGUCCAGUGGCUACGUGCCAAUGGCUGCCCUGAGACUGAUUUUGAUGAAUUGGAUGAGUUUGGUGAUGAAGGGGAUUAUUAA